UGUAUGAAUAAAAAACCUGACUUUUCAACCAACUGUGAAACUUUUCGAUUAAUUUACAGAUUAAUCCUCGCUCUUAGAUAGAAUUAAGCUGUAGUCUUUUAAUCUAUCCAUAUCCUGAGUUAACAAUGGGAUUUAGACUUCAGAAUACAAAUAACAACCCUAUAUGAGCAUCGUGAAUAUACAAUUGAUAUUUCACGUGGAAAUAUAUUCAAAAAGUUUGUCUCUUUGACGGGUAAAUUAGCAUUUUCUUUUGUGUUUCGUGUACACAAUUUUCGCUCGAUUUACAAGUUUGUCAGCUGAAUUAAUUGAGAAGGAAUAACCCAUAAACGCCACAGCUUACGCGAUCCAGGUCAGCCGGCGAAGAAACAAAAAUAAACAGACCAAAAUGGAAGAUGAGUCUCAGAAGAGGGCAAGUUCUGAGGAGGAACAGAAAGAAAAGCCAAGCUUCCUUGAACGUUUAAAAAUAUUCGGAUGCACGGUCCAGUUGUUUCACUACAAGGUUUUGUUCUUCGCUUCUUAUGGCGCGUUCGGUUGCUUGAUGACGUUUUUACCGCUGUAUUUCAAGCAGUUAGGUUUGUCCGCCGCCCAAACAGGGCUUCUUGUUGGAAUACGUCCUCUUUGCCAAGCAAUAGGAGCACCAUUUUGGGGAAUCCUCGCCGACAAGUACAAGAGAAGAAAAGCAAUUCUCCUACUCGGUGCAACUGCUUGGCUGAUUAAGAACAUGUUAAUUCUAGUGGUUCGCCCGAGUCAUCAAGUGUGCGUUGCAACCGUUGGCAAUGAAUCUCAUCUUGUCACGAAGAGGAAUAGCCUCGUGGACUCACAACAGAAAACCGGCCCUUUAAGCAGCAGGGUACAAACGGCGUUAGCGUCCACAGGUACUCCAGACAAAGAAAAAUAUUUCAUUCAAGUCGACAAUGGCGAGCUUUUGGAUAUAUUUUAUAUCCUUCUUGUGCUUGUUAUCAUUGGAGAACUGUUUGGCUCCAUUCUUCACCCACUCCUGGACGGGUGCACAGUGGACUUCCUAGGCAAUGAGAGGAAAUCAUACGGUCGGUUACGCUUCUGGGGCUCUGUAGGAAUGGUGGUAACUAAUUUAACUGUUGGCCUGGUCAUUAAUCACUAUACACGCCAAUACUGCGGCGAGAUACGCAAAAAUUAUUACAUCGCCUUCUACUUCUUCGCCGGUUUUAUGGUGGCCACGAUUGUCUUCCUAUUCUCCGUGAAAAUCGUUUACUGCGAGGGGCCAAAACAAUCCUUAUCCGCAAUCAGGGAACUGUUUAAUUCUCGCGUAAAAUUUUCCUUCUGGUUUGCAGCGAUUUCUCUUGGAAUAAGCGAUGGAUUUCAGAGUGACUUCAACUCGUGGUUCCUCGAUGACCUCAAAGCAAGCUCCUUCGAGGUUGGCCUUGCUGCAGCUUUACACUUCGUUCUAAGCGCGCUGUCUUAUUUUGUCGCAAACUUUGCACUGGAGCGGUUGGGGUACAUUAUUACAAUCGCUGCCGGCCUUGUAUUGUAUAUAGUACUGUUUAUUGGCUUUUCAUUUGCUCAAAGCCCGUGGGUCGCGAUUGUGUUUUAUGUAAUCAUCGGCGGGGUGUUUGCUGUUUUCUGGACGGCAUGUGUGGCGUAUGUUGGAGCGAUGGCAUCCCCGCUUGGUCUAGGAGCUGCAGGACAAGGAAUCCUGAACGGCCUGUUUGUGGGAGUGGGAACCGGGGGUGGAACAAUACUUGGUGGAUUGCUGAUCGGAGCUGUAGGGAUGCGCGCAUCGUACAGACUGUUUGCUGCCUUCCUAGCAUUGAUCACGUUGUUAUUUCUUGGCUUCCAGUGGUCUGGACGACACGAAGAUAGCGGUGAACUUGACUCACCGUACAGUGCAGUACCGAAUCAAGACGACGAAAUAGACGAAUAGGCGGGUAUUUCUUGCUUAAACUGAUUUCCUCGGUAGCUCUUUCGAAACAUUUAAUACGAACUUGCUAAAAUUCAUAUAUAGUGGCUGUGAAAUUUUGCAUCUGUGCAUUAGUGAGAGGAACAAGUUGAGUGCAUGAUGACCAGAGACAUAUAGGUUUGCAUUAGUUACACCUUUUUUAGAAGCUUCACUGGCUUAGAUGGGGCUCCUAUGCGUCUCAUUGCUGUUUUUGUAACAUAAUUAUCGAGGAGACAAUUCAAAGGGUAGCUAAAAGCAUUAUUCAUGAUGCUACACCUAAACAUUACGCGUAGUACGUCCACACUACGCCCGAGAAAUUUAAAAAGGCAGCUUUAUUUCUACGGCUAGACCUACC